AUGUCAGAGGUUGAGCGCGAAGAGUCCAUGGAUAUCGAUGAGGAACAAGAUCUCACCAAGAUCAAACUGCUGCCUGGAUCUACCAAAGACGGUUCAGCUGCGUCAUUCCAGAUCUCAGACGAAGACCACACGCUGGGCAAUGCCCUCAGAUAUAUCAUUAUGAAGAACCCCGACGUGGAAUUUUGUGGAUACUCGAUACCACAUCCCUCGGAGGCUAAGCUGAAUCUGCGUAUCCAGACAUAUGGCGAGUCUACUGCUAUAGAGGCACUCCAUAAAGGUUUGGCUGAUUUGUCUGAUUUGUGCACGCAUGUCGAGGAGACUUUUGCUGGUGCCGUUUCAGAGGGAAACUACUCGAAUGAAGCUUGA